AUGGGGGUGGUGGCGUUGCCGGCCCGGAGAGUUCGCGUCGGCCGAGCACCGCCAGAUAGAACUCAUUGCGCGGAACGGCAAAGCGCAUUAGAGAAGUCAGUAUGGUGUUUCGCGGAGGAACUCGGUGAUGAGGACAUCGACCCCUGCCUGGGUACAACUUUUGACUCGCUUAGUGAGGCGUAUGAUUUCUAUAAUCUGUAUUCCUGGGAACAUGAUUUUGGGAUCAGAUAUGGGAAGAGCCGGUUGAAUUCAGCAAAGACGAAGUGCAUCCAAGAACUCGUCUGCGGGUGCUCGGGGAAGCCCACUGGUGAAAAUACAAGGUCUUGCCAUUGUGAAUGCCCAGCAAUGAUACGGCUGCUGAGAUCUGCAGACAAUGGGUGCUACAAUACGGAGCAUAGAGUAACCCACAAUCAUGUGCUGAUGGAGACAUGUGGUGAGAUUGCAUUCUGACCGUCACA